CCUCUCUCUCUCUCUCUCUCUCUCUCUUUCUGCGAGAGACACACACUACUCUCUGCAACUAACUUUGUCGCUUUAGCCCCCGGAAGAAAAAAAAAAUUUCCUUCUAAGUAUUUGCAUGUCACGACUGCCCACCUCCAGCUCUUCCUCCUUCCUUCUUUCAUUGACUCGACCUGGUGGUAUCUCUUUCUCUCUUUCUCGUUAAACUGACCUUUCUCGUGAGUUGGGUUGUGCAAACUCGGCCGAGUUUUAACAAGUGUUUUCUCAAUUGGGUUUGGGAGCCGUUCGUUGGGGGCGAAUAUGGGACCCAUACGAGGGAACAGAAAGAGGAAAAGAGCCGAUAAGAAGGCGGAGGAGAAUGGUUAUGGCUCAGCUGCUUCUGAGCGCUCUUUGGAUUGGUGGGAUGACUUCUCCAGAAGGCUUCAUGAAGGUGGUCAUCAAUCUCCUUCGAAAAGUCUGGACAAGUUCGAACUCAUUUUCAGGAUUUCCAGGAAAACUUUCACCUACAUAUGUUCGCUCGUGAGGGAAGACUUGACUUCCAAGUCAAGGGAAUUCACAUUUCUAAACGGAAGACUACUGUCUUUACACGAUCAAGUAGCAGUAGCUUUGAGGAGGCUUGGCACUGGCGAUUCACUAGCAGCGGUUGCCGAUUCAUUCGGGUUGAACCACUCGACCGUCUCCCAAGUUACUUGGCGGUUUGUAGAGGCUCUUGAACAACGAGCGCUUCACCAUCUCAGAUGGCCAUCGACUGAGCUGGAAAUGGCUGAAAUAAAAUCAAAGUUCCAGAAAUUGCAAGGCCUUCCCAAUUGCUGUGGCGUGGUUGAUACAACCCACAUUACUAUGCUCCUGUCCACAUCAGAUCCCACCAGCAAUGUAUGGCUCGAUCGUGAGAAGAACUACAGCAUGGUGUUGCAGGCGAUUGUGGAUCCCGAGAUGAGGUUUUUGGACAUAGUUACUGGAUGGCCAGGGAAUAUGGAGGAUUGGGUAGUGUUUCAGAGCUCAACCUUCCACAAGCUGUGUGAAAAUGGGGAGAGGCUAAAUGGGAAGAAGGUGCAGCAGCUUUCUAAAGAAGGCUCAUCAGAGAUAAGGGAGUACAUAAUAGGGGAUUCAGGGUUCCCUCUGCUGCCAUAUCUCAUGGUUCCGUAUGAUAAAGAGCUCUCCGAGUCGAGAGCUGAGUUCAAUAAACGACAUCUGGGUACCCGGGUAGUGGCUCAAAGAGCACUAGCGAGGCUGAAGGAGACGUGGAAGAUCAUCAGAGGGCAAAUGUGGAGACCUGAUAGGCAUAGGAUGCCGAGGUUCAUUCUGGUGUGCUGCUUGCUUCACAACAUUGCUAUUGACAUGCAAGAUGAGGUUCAGGCUGCAAUUCCCUUGUCGGACGAGCAUGACUCCGGCUAUACGCAGCAGAUUUGUGGGUCAGUUGAAGUGAAAGGUGCAGAAAUGAGAGACGAACUGUCUCUUUACCUGUCCCAGAGACGGCUACCGUGAUGAUCUGGUCGACUAUGGAUAAAAGAAAACAAUGAAUUGUACAUAACCUUGGCCGAUGUGUUUUCCUUGAGCAAUCCAGAUGGAGUCGGGAUUAGUUGGUAGGACAUUCGUAUAGAGAUGCAAGCUCAUAGGUUGCUUCUAGUUCAAGUAAUUUGACCUGAUAUUUUCUCAGAAUUAAUUUGUUAAGGCGUACAAACCAAAUUCUGUCUCAGCAUUUACUCAACACCAAAACUAGCCGCUAAAACCGUGCGACUGUACACAAUUUAUGUUCCCCCAACAGCUAAUUUUGGCGUUUUCACUGUGAUUAUUUAAAUAUUUUCAGGAACUUUUGCCCGGUUUGUUCAUCGUUUUUUAGUACCUGACAGGGCAUUUUUUUCUAAAUAGUGUUAUGCCUCAAGGUUGGAAUGAUACUCAUUUGGUUUUGAAACUGAA